AUGCUCGUCAUCCCAGAACUCCUUUCCCAUCUUGGUCAGUUCCUCGAUGUAUCAGACCUGGCAGUAGCCUGCCUUGUCAACAAGACCUGGAACGCGAUCUUCACACCACAUCUUUAUCGUGUCAUCGAAUUACAAGGCUAUGAAAAAUGCCUUGACCUAGAGAGGGAGAUGGGAUUACAACUUGUCACUCGUAUUCAUUCAAAUCUAGUACGCUAUUUAGUUCUGCGGUGUGAGCCCACGGUCGGGAAUAUGCCGUUCCUUCUGUCUGAAGAAGGUCAAGAACAAAUCCUUGAAGCUGAAAAAAUCGAGAUAGGAGAGAGCAAACACGGAGGCAAAGACAAAGGCACAGGUAGAGGCAAAGAUAGACGCAAAGGUAGAGGCAAAGGCAGAGGUAAAGGCACCAUCAAGGCCAAAGAUAAACUUCUACCCAGACCUCAACUUCACUUUCGAUUCCAAAAGCUAGAAGAGCUCGUUCUCUUCUUCACACAUAGUGUCAACACACCCGCAGAGACCUGGCCCCGAGUCAUGAAUCUCCUUUGCCAGAACCCAAACCUUACAAAACUGUACAUCUCUAUGAACCUUAGUACAUGCUAUGUCCCUACCGAAUUUCUUCAGACUCUAUCACAAGCAUGUCCUCGACUGCAAAUACUUCAUUUAGAUGGGGACUUGGAUGAUGAAGCCUUGUCGAUUAUUGCGGACCAAUGUACUCGACUCACGGAUUUGAAUAUGAUAUUUAAUCUGAAGGAAUCACCCGUGCCUUUCCAUCUUCCAAGUGCUUCCGCACCUUAUACUCUUAAAUAUCUCGAUCUUUCCACAGAGGAACUUUCAUAUGACACGAAGUUCGAAUGGAUGAAGAGGUGCCCUGAUUUACAAUCCAAGAUUCUGGAGAGUUUUAACGGCGAUAACAACAACAACAAUGACAACAACAACAAUAACAACUAUAACAACGACAACUAUAACAACAUCACCAAUAACAAACCCUAUCAGGAAAGGAAACCAUUCAAUAUUAUUAAAAACGCUGACAUUGACGCCACCGUCACUUCUACUUCGUCAUGUGUUACUCCUUUUACCACUUCCUCCAAUAAUGCUAUUCGAAGAGGUCUCACUAAACUCGACGUUCUCUAUGCCGCGAUUGGGCCAUUGACCAUGGAAAUGCUUUUCCGUUUUCAUGCUUUGACAUUAACUCAUUUAAAUAUAUCCAUGUGCAUUACAGCCGACAGUUACAUGGCUCUUUUGGCACUUACCACAUUUCCUCAUUUGCUCACGUUGGAGGCACGGUUCAUAAAAGCGCAUCAUAUCUUUGGCUUCCAAGACGAUGACCCUAUCGUCAUGAAUACUGGUAACAGCAGCAUCAACAGCAGGAAGGUACUUAGACCUAUACAACCCAUCUGUACCAACCUGCGUGCCUUCAAUGUUUUUAUUUGUGGAUUAGCUGGGAGACCUCUUUCAUGGCAUCAUGCUAUUUAUUGUGUUCUCAGUAAGCUGCGACAUUUGGAAUAUCUAAAUGUCUCUCCUGGACAAUCUAUCAUGAUGCUAGGGGUGCUUCAUCAGGAAGCAAGCAAACGUGAACCUUCAUUGGAUCAUAUUUGCUUUGAAUCAUUAUUAGAACAACGAAAGGAGUUUUCUGUGGAUGGAUUGGCUGUACGAUUAGAAGCUGGUUUGGGUGAACUGAGGGUGCUGAGGAAGAUGAACGAGUUUAACUUUAUGGAGUUGGAUCAGGUCAUGGGCCUUCAAGAUGUGUGCUGGAUGGUAGAUGCUUGGCCAUGGAUAGCAUCGAUCUAUGGAUGGUUCCAUACUGAUAGGUCCAGCCAUGCCGCACUAAGAAAGGUCUUGAUACAAUAUGGCAUUGAAACCAAAUCUAUCGGCACAGGAUAUGGGAGCGCUAACUUUGACUAUGAUGAUGAACUCACUGAUAGCUAUAAUGGUGGAUGA